UUUUUUUAAAUAUUCCCUGUUCGUUUCCAAGGACAUCCAGGCAAGCGACAUGCUUCUUCAUAUUCUGUCCUUUAAUUGAUGAAAUCUGCACCUAGGGGGAAUCUUCCAUUUGAAAAGUCUCCACGUUUGUAUGUUUCUGAAGCAGUCAGGUUCCUGAAAGGAAGAGUUUGGCUAUCUAUCAGGUUCAGUAGCUUGUGCUGAAAAUUCCGUUUGUCUCCAUUUCUCCUGAGUUGACUAGUCCACUCAGUCUUGGCUCUGCCGGAGUCCGCACAGGGCUCGGCUGCCCGUUCUUAUGAGCCUUCUUCCCAGGCAUCUUCGCCAGCAGCGUCUGGGAACUCGACCACAGACCCAACAGGGAACUCAAUCCCUCAACUUGAGCUCUUGGGGCGAAUAUGCGACAUGCAGCGUGGCCAGUUGGAACCAGGCAGCAGGCAACGGGAAGCCGCAAACCAGAGCCAGUGGCCCUGAAAAAAGAGUGCCAGCAAUGCCUGGAUCUCCUGUGGAAGUGAAGAUACAGUCAAGAUCCUCACCUCCCACCAUGCCACCCCUCCCACCAAUAAAUCCUGGAGGAUCGAGGCCAGUGUCAUUUACUCCUACAGCAUUAAGCAAUGGAAUCAACCAUUCUCCGCCUACACUGAAUGGAGCUCCAUCACCACCACAGAGGUUCAGCAAUGGUCCUGCAUCUUCCACAUCAUCUGCACUAACAAAUCAACAAUUGCCAGCUACUUGUGGUGCUCGGCAGCUCAGCAAGUUGAAACGCUUUCUCACUACACUUCAACAGUUUGGCAAUGAUAUCUCACCCGAGAUUGGGGAGAAGGUGCGGACUCUUGUUCUAGCACUGGUGAAUUCAGCAGUCACAAUUGAAGAAUUCCAUUGUAAGCUCCAAGAGGCCACAAACUUUCCUCUUCGUCCUUUUGUGAUUCCAUUCCUCAAGGCCAACCUGCCUCUGCUACAGCGAGAACUGCUACACUGUGCUCGCGCUGCCAAGCAGACCCCAUCCCAGUACCUGGCUCAGCAUGAACACCUUCUGCUCAAUACAAGUAUUGCCUCGCCUGCUGACUCUUCUGAGCUGCUCUUGGAGAUGCAUGGAAACGGAAAGAGGCCCAGUCCUGAGAGGAGAGAAGAGAAUAGUUUUGAAAGAGAUACAGUUCCUCCUGAGCCUCCUGCCAAGAGAGUGUGUACCAUCAGCCCUGCUCCCCGGCACAGUCCUGCCCUCACUGUUCCCCUCAUGAAUCCUGGGGGCCAGUUUCAUCCCACUCCACCACCUCUUCAGCACUACACCUUAGAAGAUAUCGCAACUUCACAUUUGUAUCGUGAACCAAACAAGAUGCUAGAGCACCGGGAAGUUCGUGAUAGACACCACAGUCUUAGUCUGAAUGGGGGCUAUCAAGAUGAGUUGGUAGACCACCGUUUGACAGAAAGGGAGUGGGCUGAUGAAUGGAAGCAUCUUGAUCAUGCCCUGAAUUGCAUUAUGGAAAUGGUAGAGAAGACAAGGCGCUCCAUGGCAGUUCUGCGGCGCUGCCAGGAAUCUGAUCGUGAAGAGCUCAACUACUGGAAAAGGCGAUACAAUGAAAACACAGAGAUAAGGAAAACAGGGAGUGAGUUGGUCUCCAGGCAGCACAGCCCUGGGAGCACAGAUUCUCUCAGCAAUGACUCCCAGCGAGAAUUCAACAGCAGACCAGGAACAGGAUAUGUUCCUGUGGAGUUUUGGAAAAAAACUGAAGAAGCUGUGAAUAAGGUGAAAAUUCAGGCCAUGUCAGAGGUACAGAAAGCCGUUGCUGAGGCAGAGCAAAAAGCCUUUGAAGUGAUUGCAACAGAGAGAGCUCGAAUGGAGCAAACCAUCGCAGAUGUCAAACGACAGGCUGCAGAGGAUGCCUUCCUUGUCAUAAAUGAGCAAGAAGAGUCAACGGAGAAUUGCUGGAACUGUGGCCGCAAAGCCAGCGAGACAUGCAGUGGCUGCAAUAUCGCACGAUACUGUGGCUCUUUCUGCCAGCACAAGGACUGGGAGCGGCAUCACCGCCUCUGUGGCCAGAACCUGCAUGGCCAGAGUCCCCACAGCCAGGCCCGGCCACUGCUUCCUGGUGGGAGGGCAUCCUCCACCAGGUCUGCUGACUGCAGUGUGCCAAGCCCAGCCCUGGACAAGACCUCGGCAACCACCUCACGCUCCUCAACUCCUGCCUCUGUGACAGCCAUCGACACCAACGGGCUCUGAGCCCCAGACUCCACUUACUCCUGAUGACCACUGAGCACGACAGAGUACUUGAGCAUGGGGGAUUAGGUGUUUGAACUCAUGCAAGUAGCUUUUGGGUCUUCACCAAGUAAUGAACUGGAGGAAGAGUACAGCCCAAUAAAUAGUGCUCCACACUCUU